UGGAAAUGCAUUAUUACCAAGAACAAAUAUGAAUUUAAGCUAGCAAAAAGUGAAUCCUUCAGAUACUUUAGUAUAGAAUCUAUUGGUUGUAUGAGCUACCGAACUGAGUGAGCCAAAAAUGAUGUUACAAGUGCACUUCUUGCAAAAUCGCACACAUUUCCGAUUGAGAUCUCCGAGUUAGGAAUCCGCAAUGCCGUGGAAAAAGCUGGCAAACACCCACACGCACUCCACGAGGAUUGUGAUGGCAACCAGCUGGGAUGCACAGGAGGUAAAUGCAGCGAAAAAAAAAGGAAAAUAAUAAUAAAGAUUUAAGCCCGACAAAUGUUUACAUAAUAUGGACCACAGCAGCAUCCGCAGACGCGUCGAGACUCUCCAGAUCCCAGACGGUAGGUGUGAUGUUUGAACUACACUCGACUGGGCCGCUUGCGAUGCCCGGCUCGUCUUUACUUUGCCUCACUUUGCCGUACACCACUCCAUUCCGCUCCACUCCGGUGCGCAUUGCUUCUCUGUUUUAAGGCCACUGUUUUUGCUCGGGCUGUGGGGCUGUUGGUAGCCAGGCAAUCCAGCCCAGCCCAGCCCAUCUGCAUCCUUGUCGCCAGCCCCAUCCUUGAAUCCUUCUAGCUGCAGUUGGUUGGCGAGGCGACUGUGUCGGCGGCAGCACUGGUGUUAUUAACAUUUCUGUUGACAUCCUUGGGGUCGCGUUUUGGGCCCCGAACACGGCGAGAUAUGAACGGGUGUAUUCGACAUGCGAGCAUUCGAAAAAGCGUUUAUAGAAAAUCGAUUUUAACAAGUUUAAAUAUGUACAUAAAAACUACUGUUGCACGUAUCGAAAUGGCAUGAUUUAAAAUAGUUUAAAAUUUAAUUUAUAGCAAAAUCUUACAAACAUGUUUAAAUGUUAAGAUGAUAUCUGCUUUUAAUAUUUUUUAAAAGAACUCAUCAAUGUCACUGUGUUUCUUCUAAGUUUAACUUGACUUAUGCCUUUUCCUAUCAUACACAAGUUUCAUAUCUCAUUUAAUACUGAGUAUCAUUAUGGUCGAGAAAAAAGCGUUUCGCUUUCUUUUCCCCCCUUUUUUUUGAUGCCUUUCUUUUUUUUACUCUUUUUGUGUACUUAGCCGCCUUCUCAACUCAAUCUUUCCAUACGUGAAACAUUUUCAUUUUACUUUUGAGUGCAGGCAUAUACACUUUUUAUUUUUUGCACAUCUGAAAGCGACUCAAAGACCCAAAAAGACCGAAGAAAAAAGUAACAUGGAAAAAUUAUUUAUGUGUAUAUGAAUACGUAUUGUUGACAUAUUGAGAGAUUGCGGCAAUUUAGACCAGACGACACCAUUUAAAAAGCCAUUAGGCUUUGCUCCGUCAGCUCAUAAUUACGAGCACAAUGGAAUCCCCCAUUAGUAGUUGCUUCGUAGCCAGCCAGUAAUCCACUGGCCAAGUCAAGCGUCUUCCGAAUGUCUUUCCACAAGCUGCGUCUUCUCGUUUUCAGCUCGCUGAUCAACUGCUCAUUGUGUGCCCAUGUGGUGUUCGUCGAUCGCUUCACCUUCACUGUCGACGAUCGAGACCUGUUCCUGUCCCAGAGUGCGGUGGUCGAACAGGAUGGCAAUCGCAGUUAUCUAUCUGGCCAUAUGAUGAUUAAUCGAUUGGUGAAUGAUCUAACAUUGACUUCAUCGAUGGACAUUACGCGUCCUCAGCGACCGGAACUACGGCUAUAUAAUGUUCAGCUUAACUUCUGUUCGGUCCUCAACAAUGGUUAUAAGAAUAAGUUUAUCAGAAUGCUGUACAAUAACUAUGCGGAGUUCCUGAACACCAAGCCCAAGUGUCCACUUAAGCCGAAUUUUAACUACUCCCUGCAUAGGGCCUACAUCGACGAGGCCAUGCUGCCAGAUCUACUGCCGGAGUGCACUUAUCGCUUGAAGAUGUCCUUUAAGCACAAAUCCAAACUAUUAGCACACAUGCAAAUUGAUGGUCGAUUGCUCAGCAAACGUUAACACUAAAAUAUCUUUAUUUGCUCGUUUUCAAUAAAAUAGAAAAGAAAAUUAUGUGCAAAGCCAAAAAAUAAUUUUCAUAUUGGGGAUUCGGUUC